UCACAAUUCAGCCAAUCGCAGCCAGGGGCAGCGAUUCACAUAAGGCCGACGGGUGACGCUUUGUUUUUCACAUUUACGCCGGACUAGUAAUUAAAGAAAAAGUUCUGGACGCGGAAGAACGAGUUGUGGAUGGUUUGCCUACAGUAUUGGAACUGUUUCAGGUUAAAUACUCUCACACACUGGAUCUUCAGACAAAGGUAUCAACAACUCAGUCGACCAUUUGAGUCUAAAAAUCUAAAACCACAGCCUCAACUACCGUCCUAAAGUCUCACAACCGCCUUUUAAACACAGAAAUAAUACAAAACAACAAUAAAAAGAACUGAACAAGAAAUAAUCUCAGGAAGUUCGUGAGGGUUAACUCUCAAUUACCAUGGAGGUCAUCCUGAGCACGACACCUGGCAUCCUCUUUCCUGGCGGUAACCCGGAAAUGACGACACUCAAGGGCGGAGGUGGCGCCCACGCGGGCCAUUCUGAGAACGGCCAUGUGCACGUGGAAGCCAGCAACGACCACGACAUGGCCGCCAUGUUGACGAUGGCUGAGCGCAUGCACUGGGGGGCCUCUGUCGUCGUGGGACCAAUCUUUGUUUUUCUGGGCCUCAUCGGCAAUAUCUUCGCCAUCAUCGUCUGGAAUCGUCGCGGCAUGCGCAGUUCAACCGGAAGAUACUUAACUGCACUGGCUAUUGCUGAUAGUGGAGUCCUCAUCUGGUUUUUCCUGGUGGACAGCCUAAAAAUGUUUGCACCGGAAGUGGCGCAAAGCGUUGGUUACGCAUUCUUCUUUGCCUACUUUGGAUAUCCGAUUUUCUUUCUCUUCGUUGUCCUCUCCAUCUGGUUCAUGGUCGGAGUGACGGUUGACCGCUUCAUCAUGGUCUGCCUGAUCACCAAGGCCAAGAUCUUCUGUAAUGAGAAACGGGCCAACGUUGGCAUCUUCAUCAUUCUCGCCACUUGCUUCAUCAUCAACCUGCCCCACUUCUGGUCCUACCAGGCGGACUUCGACCGGCCUGCUGGUAGUAACACGUCAGCCAUUGUGAUGAGUGAGUUCCAGAAAGGAGAAGGGGCAAUAAACUACGAGUUUUGGGUGCAUUGCAUCUUCCUCGUUCUCCUCCCGUGGUUCACGAUUUUCAUCCUCAAUCUCCUUAUUAUUGGGAAGAUAAGCAGGACUAAUAAGAAGAUGAUAGACAAAAAGACAGCUGAGUCGGCCGACAAGUCACGUCGCUCCGAGAACCAGAUCACGCGCCUGCUGCUCAUAGUCACCUUCACCUUCCUGUUCCUCAUCGGCUUCCAGUGCAUCACCCAGUGCUUCUUCAUGCUCAUGCCAGACGGGUUUGACAAGAACAUCAUUAGCGAAGCGUUUGCAGCGGCCAAGCUAGGUAUAAUCGUCAACUCCUCCAUCAACUUUCUUCUCUACUGCAUGAGCGGCCGCCGCUUCCGGCAGGAAUUCUCUUCGUGAUUGGCUGCGUCAGCCGAGACCGGAAGGGUCUUUUGAACUCCUACAGCGAAGGUCACACCUCAUCUGGUACUUCCGGCACGAGCACAACGGGGAUAUAAUCCGGACGCGAAUGUCACACCAGGCUGACAAUCGCUAUCCUGCAGUCUCACAGUCACUAGCACUACACAGUCUAGCUAGUAGCUACUAUCCUACACUAAGUGGGAUAGCAAUCACCUGUCGGUCUGAAAUAGCUCCACAGAUCGCUCACCUGUCCUCAUUAACAAGCAAUCAUAUUCAUCUUCAUUUCUCAAAGGCUCCGUUGUUUAUAAUGGCGGAUGUCGCACACCCGGGUAGACGCGAGGCACAGGCUACCCGGCAACGACUGAUUAAGUCAUUAACGAUGACAAACGCCAACGUUGUUAUUAUGCUGAUGAAAUGCGGCUUGACACUUGACCUGAGCUACCGUGGAUAUCACGAACCGUUUUGUUGUUGUUGUUGUUGUUGUUGUUGUUGUUGUUAAGUAGCACUCGCGGCCGACGUCUGGAACAAGUAAUUAGAUUUUUAUGGUGUCCUGGGCGUUAAUAAUAAAAUUAAAAGAAAUCCAAUUUCGCGUACGAUCACUAGAAAUAAUUUUGCUUGGGAUUCUAUUGCUGUCAUUCAAAUUCAUUUCCCCUGACUUUAUAAGCACAGCUCGCAGACAGCCAUUGAGCCUGGCUGGUUACACCAUUUCAUUUGAAUUUCGCCUGCCUGUGCUAUUCUAGUUUUUCUCUUCAAUUAAGCAGUUCGUUUUUUUAGGUUUUUUUUUCCUUUGGUGGGGUUGUCAUUCGCUUAUCGAUGGUAUAUGCUUUCUUCAUUACUGAAUGGCAUAUAUGUGUGUGUAUGUGUUUUAUUUAUGUUACAGUAUUAUAAUUAUUCUCUCUCUCUCUCCUAAUGGUAAAUGAGUUCUUUUCUCGUUGCUCAGACUAAUCUAACUUGGCAAACCUCAUUGCAUAAGCACACCACGAUUUGAAAUUCUGUUCGUAUUUUCCUUUGCAAACGUCUAGAUAGUGGGCUGAGUGCAGCCGCUAUUUUCACACUGUUAAUGCAAUCCUUAAAAAGGAAAAAAAAAAAAAUUCAGCGCGCACAGAACAAACUUUAGUGACACAUUUCCAGGCAUAUUUUUAAUCCUGUUUCUUCAGUACAACCGAUAUUUCUGUAGCUGACCUCAACAAGUAUUAUUUCUGAAAAAUAUCCACCUUAUACCCACGUGAGUAGAGGACACUCUUUGUCCCUACUGGGUGUGCUCCUGGAUCCUGAAAUCCUUCCCAUCCUACCUUUUCUACUCUUGUUUCUCGGUUCAGUAGUUCUUCUGUCGCUUUCUUCCAGCAAAGGGUGAAUGACAGAGAAUGAACUCUAUGUAGGAUUUUGUGUAUGAAACGACUUUUUCUGUUAGAAGGAAUAAUCUUCUGCCAGUUCACAAAGCAAUAUAUUUUAGAGAAAUUAAAAAUAUAUAUUUUAUUUGAUUGUGCAUUCUAUAAAGAGAUACAUGCAAAGUUGCUGGGUUGUAAAGGACAUCUUUUCCUCAAACUACCUCCUUCUACUUGCGCCACACAUGCGCCAUGAUGAUGUUCCUUACACCCACGACAGCCUGCAUCUCGUGCAGCAUCAGUCGUGUGCAGCAGCCCUGCAGCUGUUCUUGCCGCAGUCGCACGUUGUGACCCGGAGGUCAUGACCCCAGCGUGAUGGGAGAGAUCGCUCUCGUGGCUCAGGUUUUACUGUCAUUAAAAAAAUGAAAGUGAAUCCAAAUUCAACGCGCAGUAAUUAUAUUUAAUUUUAGAUCGUAAACGCGUACUUUUAGCACUAAAGCCAGGUAAGUCGAUGAAUGUUAUCACAAAGGCAAGCCUAUCCCUGAAACCUGGUGGCUUCAAAUGCACUUUUACGAACCUUUAUGAUGUGAAGGAGUGCUCGACUAAUUUCUGAGAAUUAAUGCACUGUAUCACAUUCUACCAUCCACUGGCGCGAGUAAGGUGUGGAAUAUCAUAAUGUGCUCGGAUUUAAAUAAAUAAACGGUGUCUCAUCUGCUACUCAGAGUUCGAUAGGCUAGUUUAAGACGAUCUCGGUAUGUGUAGCCUUAUAGGCUGUAAUAAAGACAUGAUCUGGUACAGUUUUGCGAAACUCGAAGCUUUUAAAAAUCAAAUGGAUUUUUGUUUGCCAGACACGCACAACCGUGAGGACUAAGUGAAAACAUUUUGUGUCUGACUGCACCGUUACAGUAUUUCGUGAGUGCGGGUGCUUGUGAUAGAGAUGCUCAAGUUGAUUAUCACUGCAGAUGGACCAAACUAUGGCAUCGUCGGCGCGAGGGUUUUGUUCGGCCUGGGGUGAGAGGGGGGUAGGUGAGUGGGUGGUAAUCUUCCCUCGACAUCUGACUCCUAUUCCGUGAUAUCAGCUACCAAAGGGGCGCCGAAGCUGUCAUAGAAUGUAUGUAGGGAAUAGCCACUCAAGAAGCUCAUAGACAAUGGGUUCGGUUAUUUUUAAGGUAAACUUCGUGUGAUCAGAGAUAAAUGUAUAAUUAUAAUCAUAUGUUUUAUGUGUAAAUAUAACCCUAUAAUUUCUGUAUAAUUUUAACUAUAUAAUUUCUUAUUUUACAGCCUUGCAACAUCUGCUCGAACGACACUGUCAAUACGAUGUUAUAGAAAAUGUUUCUGUUAUUAUCCCUUUAAUUAAAGGAAGGAAAUAUAUAUGCAGCUAUAUGGCUAGUCGCUUUUUUUAUUUCCACCUGCUUCUCCACGGAAUCGCGUGCUUUUGUUAAUUCAUGUUUUCAAGCAGCAAUUAAGUAGACUGCCCUUUGACUGCAAUUAAUUGCCCCUACUAAUGAAACUGCUAAAUUUGUAAUUUAGAAACAAUUAUUUAGAAUACGCUACUAUUUCACUAUUCUACCAUUAAAAACUGUUUGUAACUGACUGGUGAAAUGUAACCUGUAACACGUGGUCAUCUUCCUGAGAAGUAGCUAGGUGUUACAGGAGAAGUAGGAUGCUUGUUGUCCCGUUUUAAGCUAUCGGCGACACACCCACAACAGCUUCCGCAACUCUCUAUUUCUCGACUGUAACUGCGACUACGACUGCCCCUAACAUUCUCACUCACGGCUUAUAUACACUGUACAAAAGUUAUCUAGAAACAUCCCGCAUCUACUCGUUACACAUGCGCUCUCUCACACCAAACAUUCCAGGUACCAAGACUUGCAUCAGUCGCACUGUCUCACACACUUGCGAGGGAGGUCCAGGCGGCUCUAGUCAAAGCCGCGCGGAUGUCACCGGCAGGUCAGGCGGGGUCACGUACCGCACCCAAGCGCUGACGGCGCCACCUCGUACAGACAUCUAGCUACCCAUGUAAUUUGUAAUACUAGGAUGUAAUGGGGUACGAAACACUUAACAUACAACUAGUAGCCACGUCAAUGGAAAGUGCAUGUAAUGUAAAGACAUAAUGGAGAGCAGGUAACGAGGGGAAAUCUCACUGGAGAGUAGGUACGAUAUACAGAUCACGUGAUGGCCAGCAUGGAAAUGAUAGACAGUCUCUCUCUCUCGCAGGAAAACAUAUAAAUUAUGAGAUAAUUUGAACGCAAAUUUUCGAUCGUGUGAAACUUGCCGCAUCUGAAAGGUCAAACGAGAAUUCUGUUCCUUCCUCAUUAGUGUCAUAUGCAUGUAUUCAGUUGUGUUAUUGUGUUUGUUCGGCUUUUCUUUUUUCUUUCCUUCUUUUGGAUUUGAUUUUGCAUGCUCGGUGCUGCGCGCGUGUAAGGGUUGUGGGGAGAGGAGGUUUAACUUUCUUGAUGGCAAGAUGGCUUGUGUCGAUAUAUGUUUUUAUUCAGUUUCUGGAAAUCUAUAAAAUAAAAAAAGAACCCUUUACUUGGCCAUCGAAGAGGCAUUAACUGGAAGAAUAGAGAAUUUCAAGCCCGAUGAGUUCUUUUCCCCCCCCCCCGCUUCUCCUCACCAGUACGUUCCGUCCAAUCACCUUUCAUUGACAUUGGCAGUUUUUUCGACCAUCUGGGCUAAAAUACGGCUACCUCACAUCUACUUUCCAUAAGUUUUGGAAUAUUAAUGUGACCAUUUAAUCACUCCCGUAUACAUACUAAUUUGCAUACUGCUGCACACAGCAAAGGAAGAAAGCAUCUGGAAAAUGGAAACAUACAAACGGUUAUAGUUUAAUUCUCCAAAUUUCUGUCAGCUUCAGAGUAAAUAAAUAUUUUGCGCUCAA